AUGGCGACACCGAGAGAAGAACAUGUAAAUAAAGUAGUAGCGAAGGGUAGAAAGUCAGAAUUUCCCUUUUCCGAAUAUCUUGGCUUCUAUAGUCUUGCAUCGUUAAUCAAUAAGGCACGGCCAACCUGGCUUCGCUUCGUUUGUUGGGUCGACACAAAUUUCCUAAAUCAAGGGGGAGAGCAAAGUGAGACUCGACCUAUUUUCAUGCAUAUCCUGAAGAUGGCUCUCCUUCACUGGGAAGACACGGCCCGGACUCCCCCGGGGGGCAGCAGUGGGGAAUCUUGGACAAUGGGCGAAAGGCGGAAGUUGCUUUGGCGUGUCGAAGGGAAUCAUAUUCCAUUGUUCUUCCCCCCCACCUUCCUUUGUUCUCGAUCGAUCUUGGUGAGAGAAAGGAAUUCACCGAAUGAGCAGGGGGGACACCCAUCUCAUCAAUCCCUUUCGAUGAAGAGUCCUUCCGGUCAUAAUCCUUCCUUGCCUCCCACAACUAGAGGAGAGCAAAGUGAGUCUCGAGAAGGCAAUCGCCGCAUGGCUCUUCCAAUUCGAUCUUCCGAAUGGUCUGGGGUCUUUAGCUGGAAUCCUAUUGACAUCUCUGCCCAUCCCUCUUCCUCCACCUUUGCAGAAAGACUUUAUCUCGGUCUGCAACGACUUUCUAUUAGCCCUUUCUCAAUAUCUAUUUCUUUUCUUGGACUCCACUAUGGCCCAAUGAGUGAUAAACGUCGUCUUUUCCUUAGCGCGGAAUUAGUUCGCUUCCUCAUUCACAUCACAUCAUCACACGCCCUGCCCUACAAUAAGAAGAGAAAGUCGGAGAAGUCAUUAGUCUCUAAGUCAGGUCAAUUACAUCGAGCCUCGAAAUCCAAUUUCGGUAAUCCGAAUCCCGCUCCAAUCCCGAUCGCCUUCAUGCAAGACCAAGACCCUAUAGGGCAGAAAUCCAGUUGCUGCAUUUUGCAGCUAUAUGAGAUGCAAAAAACUGUGAAGGAAACAAACUUUUCGAAGCGAAGUGAAGUCACUGGAGAGGAGAGUUGGAACGUCAGAAGAGCUAAGCCUGAACUAGUCGUCGUCUGCUACAAAGAAGUCGAUCGAUCCAACUUUAGAAGCGAAAACAUCUGUGCGGGGAAAAUCAAACUAUUGGAUUCACGAGACUUACGAGCUGAGAAUCUGAUCCUUUACGGUGAAACCUUCUUUUCCAAAAUUUAUCUAAAGGUGGAUAAUAGGCAGGGAAAUAUACUCUAUUUUCUUUUCGUUGGUGAACAAGCGAGCCAGCUAGUGAUGCGAAAAACCAAUCCUACAGCUAGAAGGGAACUGGAUAACGGAUCAACCCUCACUCCGGAACUUGGCGAACGAAUUUUUGAAAACCUUUCGGAAGUAGGAAGAUUGAGUUUCUUUCUUUCGGAGCAGUUGGGGCGUACGACCGAUCCGGAGAUAGGCCUUGCUUAUCCUGCGCGUACCAAAGAAUUCGUAGAUCUGUUCCGUUACUCCAGUUCCAGUGGUAGAACCAACCUGGUGAACCAAGCGUAUCUGGUCAAGCGAGGAGUGGAAGAAGAAGCUUUUAGGCAGGAGAUCGGUCUAUUCCUUCUCCUUUCGAUUCUGUGGUUUUGCUUCUUUGUUGGUGAUCCAACCCCUUCUGUGCCGGCUGAGAUCGCCUACGGGAUGGGCUCCUCACCAAUCGCCCCAUUCCAUAAUAAAUUCAUCGAAGCCGAGCCCACGCUACUCCCCUUCAGCCAAAGCCCCAAGGCAAUCGCUCAGUUAUUGAAGAUAGGACCACUUCCGCGGAAAGAUUUGUCCAAACAAAGUUCCUUUUUUGAUGGUGAGAAGUUGUUAGGCAGUCAAACUGCAGACUACCAUUUCAUCACCUUGGGAGCAUCCCCGGUUACGGAGUCUGUUGAAUUUAAUAACGAUACCUAUACCCAGACGAAGAUCUGUCCCUGUAACUGCUUCACCAAUCCCACUGCCUUAGCGGAUUCAGUAGCAGUAUUUGAAGUUUCGGAAAACUUCCCGGGAAUCGUUGUGGUGCGAGGGUUUACCCAGGGCUUAUUACCUGUCUUAACCUUAGAAGCGAAUGGUGCUGCUAGUGCCAAUGAAGGAAAGCAGGGGAGCAAAGUGAGACUCAAAGAACGAAGCGAAGCGAAAUUAGGCAACGCCUUGAUUCUUGGAGCAGCAGACAUCUGUCCAUGGCUGGCCGAAUCCCCCUUGUUAAAAAAGUUCAGAAGGAAGUGUAUACCGGUAGGGAUGCAACAAUCCGCCUCUGCAGCAGCAGCUACUCCUUUAGCUGGGUCUAAGACUAUUGAGAUGUUCGAUGAUCACAUGGGCCCUCAGUGUCUUUGGCACAGCUUAUGCAGAUCUAAAGACAUGCCACCACAGCCACCACUGCGCUGUCUACCUCGGCUGACCGCACAGGUCUUUCUGGGCCCUCCUAGAUCCUUGACUCCGGAUCGUCAUACCAGCGCCCUAAUUGGUCAUGGUCGUAAGCGUGGGGGGCUCAAAACCAUGGACUGUCUCCAUCUGCCUUCUUCUGCUACUGGUGAGAGGCUGAAAUCUAAAGUCAAGGAAUGGUCGGGCCAACCAACGAAGAGCUUGAUUACCUCUUUGAAGUCUUUUUCUAUUCUCCGAUAG